UGGAAAAUCGACUUAUUGUACCCUAGUCUGCGGCGGACGGAACAGCAGAAAAAAUUGUUCGCAUUGUGAAUUUAUUUUUUUGAAGAAGUUCGUGUGUGUGUGAAAAGUUUUUAUACGAAAGAAAAAAAAGCGCAUGAAAUAUAUAUUGAAAAUAAAUACAUAUAAAAUAUGUAUUAAUCAAAGAAAAUAAGAAAAAUAAAUACCAAUCACUGCCUACAAUAAAACAUAACUUUACAUUUCUGCACCCCAUCAUCUUCAUUAAUUUUGUGGUGUUGUUGUUGCUGCUGGUGGAUAUCAUUUCCUUUUCAUCUUGUUACAACAAAAACACAAAAUAUUCUUGCUGCUGCUUGCCUGCCUGCCUGCUGGCUGGAUUGAUCCAUUUUCCAAAAAAGCUAGUGCCAAUUCCGAAGAUCGAACACCUAUCCAUCCAUCCAAUAUCAACUUGAGGACAAUAAAUUUUAACCUUAGGCUAAUACCCUAUCACCCAAAAAAUAAAAGCGCAACCAAAACCUAUUGACUGAACCCCGCCCCGCCGGCCCCUCCUGCAACACAAAAACCUACAACCGUGGCUAAUAACAGUAAAUCGAGUAGACGCAACAAAAUGGCCAAUACCGGUGAUAUAUGGUUACAAUGGUUCUCUUGCUGUUUUCAUCAGCCACAAUCACCCUCACGACGAAGACAUCAGCGGCUUCGCAUCGAUCGUUCAAUGAUUGGAAAUCCCACCAAUUUUGUGCACACCGGUCACAUUGGUUCGGCUGAUGUUGAACUGUCGACCAAUCACUUGAAUGCAAUCCAAACACAAAUGCAAAGUAAAGGUGGCUAUGAAACGAAUUCAAUACAGCUUCAGGCCUGCUGAUAGUUUCUUAAGUAUAUACCUCACCACCAACCCCUCCCCCACUUCAUCUAAUUCAUCAUCGUGUUUCUUGGACUGUUAACCUAAAGUUUUUGAGUACAGGGCGCUUGUAGGCGGUGUAUUUGUUCCACACACCAGCCACCCACAUGUGACAUAUUUCACAACGAAGCUCUGCAGUGCAAUCUCCUCCUCUCGCUUAUUUUGUAUGUAUUUUUGUACUUGUUAAGGAGCCCACUACCACCAACCACUUCUUUUCUUGUCCAAAAAAAAAAAAAACAUAAUUCUUUAGGUAAUAAUGUGUAAUUAAUAAUUCUCUCCCUCGAACACAAUACUUGCAUAAUUUUAUUAAUUAUUUUUUAAUAUUUAUAAGCAAAAGUGUUGUGUUAAAAUGGAAAAAAACUAACCACAGAAGAAGAACAAACAAAAGAAAACAAAUUCAUAAAUUUGGCCUUUAUUUAAAACAAAACAAACAAAAAAAAGAAAACUUAGGAGAAUGUUUUAAACAUUUUCUCAUAGCCUUAGUCAUUAUUAAUUAAAUAAAAUUCUAUAUAUUUAAAUUUAAAUAUUAUUAACAAUUAUAUUAUAUACUUAAGUACUGUAUGUACUGUACUUAACAAAUCAAAAUGUGGUAUACAAAACAAAAACAAACAAACGUGUAAUCGUGUUCGAUUUUGUAAAAGUUGUUUGAAAAUUGAGAAUUACAGAGCAAAACCUUUCAAUAUUGUGUUGUGUGUCGGAUAAAUGGCCGCCAAAAAAAAUAUUAACUCUUCGAACUGAAAGUAAACCCUUUAGACCAUCAAAAUGUAGACUUUCUAGGCAACCUGAAUGGGGUGUUUAUAGCUACCCCUAAAGAAGUAUAUAUAGGCCAAAGGAGACUUUUUACAUGUCUCAAAGAAAGCUCUAAUAGAGAAGAACCAAAAGUGAGUUUAAAGAAGCCCUGAGACGGAAGUCUAUAUAAGCGAUCAGAGGGAAGCAGGAAGUGUUAUAUUUACGGCUGUCUGAAAGAAGACUUCAUUGAUGGUGACAUGGGAGUGUUAUUUGUAGAUCAACAAAAUGGAGUCCCACAGAUUGGUGAAAUAGAAAGACUUAGAUAACAAGCUUUAACCUAAUGGAUGUUAAUUGCAACUUGACUAGAGUACUCAAAGCAAGGUUCCUUUCCUCCAAAUCAGGCUUGGUAUCAAAUGACCUGAUUUCAAGAGUUAUAAGCUUCCAACUUUCAACAUGAUUCACAUUUUCAGCUCGAAGUCUUUAGAGACGAUCAGAGGGAAGUCUUUGCACACAUGAAAUAUUAUCUUUACGACAGUCAGAAUGAGGACUUUAUUGAGGGUGAGAUCGGAGUGUGCUUUAUUGAUCAACAAAAUGAGGUCCCACAGAAUGAAGUCAUGAUGGGAUAGAAUGACUUGGAUACAUUCACGAUAACCACCUUUGACCUAACGAAUGUUAAUUGCAACUAGACUAGAGUACUCAAAGCAAAGGUUCCUCUCCUCCAAAUCAGGCGAGGUAGCAUAUGACCCGAUUUUAGGAUUUAUAAGUAUCCAUCUUCCAACAUGAUUCACAUUUUCAGCUCGUCUAUAUUUUGACUCCCACAGCUUCGCUAGAAAGACUAUCCAUCUAUCUCGCUCGGACUUCUCUGGUCCAUUGUUUUGGUUCAUCCUGCCUAGCUAGAAGUUUUUUUCACUUGGCCUUUAAAGUUUUACUCGCUUUAGGUCUAUAUAAAAAUAAAAAAUAUAAAGGGUUUCAUCGACAAGACACAAUGGGGUCUUCAUAGGCAACCAGGAGGCAGUAGUUGAAAAUGACUAAAAGGCUAUAUUUUUAGGCAAAAAAACACAAGGGAAUCUUUUCAGAAACAGAGAAGUAUCCACACAGACAAAACGACACAGCUGCUCUUUCUAGUCGUACUGAAGCAGGUGUUUACAAUCGACCUGAAGCAACUGGCUUUUGAAGACGAGGCAAAGAAAUAGCUCUGCACCGAACCAAUUAGUCUUUAUACAAGACGUGCAGGUGGCAAUGUGUCUCAGCAGAUAAGCUGUAGAAAACUGAAAUCUUUAAAGAAGGUUGUUUGAAAGGAUGACAGAAAGUAAAUUCCUCAUGGGUCAACUGCAGAACCGACAGAUGUUCAAUAGGAUCUGUCAUUUCUUUAUCCAUCCAACCAUUGUCAUCAUUUUUUGAAUUUAGAGAGAUCGACAUGCAAUGACGGCUACCAGGAUUCAAAUAUUUUUUUUUUAAAAGAAAGGAGAACAAUACCCUAGAUCGCAAGAUCUCUGGUCAGAGACUGACUUAGAAACCUUUCCCCUGUUUUCCGAUUGUCAAUUGCAGAUUUUCAUAGAUGUACCAAACUAUCUGUCCUUUAUGAAUGAGAUGAAAGUUGGAAACCUUUAGAGACGGGCCUAGGUAACAGGACUUGCUUUGGUUUGAGGAACGAAAUCUAACUUAACCGAAUUCAUCUUGUGUCUCAACAGAUAAGGUGAAAGAGGAUAGGAGAAAGAAGUUCCAAAUCGGGCAACACCAAAUCGACAAAUGUUCAUUGUCCAAUCCACUGCCAUCAUAUUUUGAAAUUAGAGACCUCACCCUGCACCGACGGGUACUAUUAUCUUCUUAAGAUAAGGAAGGAAAGAGAUCCUUAAUUGCAAGAUAUCUGGUCAGAGAUUGCCUUAUAUACCUUUCCACUUGUUUCCAAUUGUCAAUUAUGGAUAUUCAUAGAUUUUUUUGGACGAAUUGAAGUAGAUGUUCUUUAUGGACAAGAUGAAAGUGGGAAUUCCUUCUUAAUGCGACCAAAAAUAACAGGCCUUGGUCUGCUGAAAAUCGAGAGAUGUUCAUCUAUUUAUUCACUGCCAUCAUUUUUGGAAAUUAGAGACUUCAUCCUGCAAUGACGAGUACUAUUAUUGUCCAGGAUUCUAAUGCAAUAUAUUUUUAACAGAAAAAUAGAGCGAACCCUUAAUCGCAAGAUCUCUGGUCAGAGACCUUUCCACUGGUCUCCAAUUGCUAUCUAUUGAAAUCGAGUUUGAAAUAAAUCUCUUGAAACGGGUACUAUUAUUGUCCAAAAUCUUUUUAAGAGAAAAAAGCAAACAGAUCCUUAAUCGCAAGAUCUCCGAUCAGAGACCUUUCCAUGGGUUUUCAAAUUGCCAUCCAUUGAAAUUGAGUUUCAAAUAGGUCUCUUCAACACUGCCAAUGUAGUAGCUAUCCAAUAGUUUAACAGCAUAAUCGAAAGGUAUAACGUUCGCCUGAGACCCACCUCAAGCCAGCUAAUUCAUCGACCGCUUAGAUUCCUAAAAUAUUUUAGUGACCUGUUUCAGGAGGACUUAAAAGACUAGCAGAAGGCCUGAAGUCUUUAUUUAUGCCUGAAAAUAUAGAGGUCCAAUAUCGGUUAUCGGUAGGUUAUGACUCCUUUAUAAGUCUUUCUAGUUUCUAUUCUGGACCUAUACAGUUUCAUUGAAUUCCAAAACCCAUCGUCUUCUUUAAGCGACCGUUGUAGAUUGUUUUUUUUUUUUUUUUUUUUUUGACAGACUAAAAGGAUGAGUUGAUGAAUACAACUUCCAGUUCGAGACAGUUGGAUUCCACAACAAUUUGGCAAAUGUUUUAAAUUCGGGCUAAGAUAGUGUCAACCCUGAAUUUUGAAUUGUUAAUACCGGGAAGCUAAAUAAACGAAACCAGCAUAAUAUCUCUGGAAAUGCACACAGACAGCAUACGUAAAUAAAUAUAUAUUUUUUUAGUAAAAAUAUACCACCAUUAUAGUCUGAUCUUUUCUUAUACGAUUUUUUUAUAUAAUUUUUGUUACUUAAAAGAAGAAAAAAAAACGAUUAUUUGCAUUUACUAAAUUGUAACGCGCACAAUCAUAUAAACAAAAACAAUACCUAUAUCUCCCCAAUAUCUCUCCCCUCCACCCCCUCCUUAACCGCAUAUAUAUAAAGUCUGAAAUCAAAAGCAUUAUAUAUAUAUUUGAACAACAAAUAAAACGAAAAGCAAUUGCAUAAAUUAUUAUUAUAAUAAUAAAUAGUUGAUUUAAAAAUCUAGUUUUAAGAAGAAAAAAAACAAAUAAUAAAAAACCAAACAAAAAAAGGAAAUAAACAAUUUUUUACUGAAUUUUUUAAGUCUUUUUUACCAUGAUAACAUGUUUUUUAACCAAUUAACAAAAAUAUUCUUCAGACACACAUACACACACACAUUUGUCUAUUACAAUCUGUAUGUAAUCACCACAUCUAAUUUUAUUGUAAGAAUGAAAGAAGUUUUUGUUUUACGAACGUAUGGAAUUAAUGUAUCAAUAAUAAUAAUAUGUACCUCCCAAACUUUUUAUAAGAAUUAAUAACAAUAAUAAAUAAAUAAAAAACGAAAUGAAUUAAA